AUGGAACGGCCGUUUCUGGUCCGGGCAUCAAUACGGCAACCAUUCUCUGAAGGAAGCCGUCGUCUCUUUGCCCUGGAUUUGCAGCGCAACGAGACUCCAAGACGUGCUGGUGAAGCCACGACAGGCAGGCAAGCACUGAGCUUCCAGCCCUCAGACACCUUUCAGCUGCUGCUGCGCCAUUGUGCCGAGUGGAUCGAGCAGGUCAACGUGGACGAUGAACUGCCAGAGCUCAGCUUCCACGUGGCUGGAGCAGAGGCCGCAGAGCAGAUGCUGACCUUGCGUCCAGCCUCCUAUGUCCUGCAGGCAAAUAUGGAUGUGGCAUCAGCACACGUCCAGAAUGUCUUGGGCUUCCUUCCGAUGGAGGUCUUCCAAACUCGGAAGGAGCAGGUCUGCAUGCCGGCCUUUGCGGUGGACGACUACCGCACGGAGAAGAACGGAGAUGUGUGGAUCAUGGGUACACCGUUGUUCUACGAGUACACAGUGCACUACGAUCGCACGGCGGGUGCGCCAAGCAUGGCCUUCAGCUAUGCAGGAGACGUGGCAUGCGGCACCUGCAAGGGCGAGCGCAUCGUUCGCGAUGGUCCGUCCCUGCUCAGCGAAGGCGCAUCGAAGCCAGAUGGCUUGACCAGCCUCCGCAAGCUCAAGCACCUGCCCACUACCCGGCAGCUGGACACCUUCUCAGGAUCCUUCUGA